GUGGCCAUGGAGGGGCACUCCCCCUUUGCCCAGGUGAUCCCUCACCUGUCCGAGGAGGAGGAGGAGGAGCCAGGUGAGGAGGAAGAAGGGACAGGUGAGGAGGAGGAGGGACCAGGUGAGGAAGGAACAGGUGAAGAUCCAGGUGAGGAGGAAGAUCCAGGUGAGGAGGAAGAUCCAGGUGAUGAAGAUCCAGGUGAAGACCCAGGUGAUGAUGAAGACCCAGGUGACGAAGAUGCAGGUGAAGAUCCAGGUGAUGAUGAUGAUGAUGAUGACGACGACGAAGAAGACCCAGGUGACGAAGAGCAGCGCCACCAGCCAGGUGCGUCCUCUCCAGGUGACCCCUCCACCUCCCACCUCCGCCGGCCCCGCCUUUACCUGCGGCCACGCCCACCCCCGGCCGAGCCCGGCCCCUCCCACCUGCAGCCGCCCUGGGCCCACCCAGGUGCGCCGGGGCUCGAGGCCGCCUCACCUGAGCCAGGUGAGGCCACGCCGGGCUUCGUGCAGCUCAUCGACGAGCGCGGCGUCUACUCCACCGCCAAGCUGGUGCUGGGCGGCCGCUCGGGCGCGCCAGGUGCGCCAGGUGAGGAUGAGGAGGAGGAGCAAACCCCGCCAGGUGAGGAUGACGAGGAGGAGGAGGAGGAGGAGGAAGAGCUGCCUGCUCACCUGGAGAUCCGCCAGGUGAUCGUGGCCGAGAAGCCCUUCCAGUGCCCCGUGUGCCACAAAGCUUUCAAGCGCACCUGGGAGCUGCUGAGCCACCAGGUGGUGCACACGGAGGCGCGGCCCUACACCUGCCACCUGUGCCGCGCCACCUUCAAGCGCCACUCGGACUUCAAGAGCCACGGGCUGGUGCACACGGAGGAGCGGCCGCACAGGUGCGACCUGUGCGGGAAGCGCUUCAAGCGCUCCUCCAACCUGCAGGAGCACCGCCGCAUCCACAGCGGCGAGCGCCCCUUCGCCUGCCCCAGGUGCGCCAAAGGCUUCAAAACGCCCUACGAGCGCCAGCGCCACGCCCUGACGCACCUGGCGGCCGACAAGCCCUUCAGGUGCGGCGACUGCGGCAAGGAUUUCCCGGCGGCCAACGCGCUGCUGCUGCACCGGCGGCACAGGUGCCAGGACAAGCCGCACGCCUGCGGGGUCUGCGGCAAGCGCUUCACCUACGGCCACUCGCUGAAGGUGCACGAGCGCGUGCACACGGGCGACCGCCCCUUCAGGUGCGCGCUCUGCGGCAAGGCCUUCAAGCAGAGCAACGCGCUGGCCUCGCACGAGCGCGUGCACACCGGCGAGCGCCCCUUCGCCUGCCGCACCUGCGGCAAGGCCUUCAAGCAGUCGUCCUACCUGGCCAUCCACCAGCGGGCGCACACGGGCGAGCGGCCCUACAGGUGCGAGGCGUGCGGGAAGGCCUUCGCCCGGCCCUCGCUGCUGCUGCAGCACCGGCGCGUGCACAGCCAGGUGAGGCCGCACCAGUGCAGCCACUGCCACAAGUUCUUCAAGGACCUGGCGUACCUGGCCGUGCACGAGAAGGUGCACACGGGAGAGACGCCCUACAAGUGCGGGGUGUGCGCCAAGGGCUUCGCGCACCCCUCCAACCUGCUGCAGCACCAGCGCGUGCACCGCGACACCUGAGCGCGGGCGAGGGCGGCCCCCGCAGGUGAGCGCCCGAAAAAGGUGUGGCGGCGUCACCUGAGCCCCGUGGGUGAAGCCCCAGGUGAAAGGACUCGGUACCUGUGAGCCCGGACAGGUGUGGACUCAGAAAAACGGGUUUUGGAGCCCAAAAACUGCAGCAGCAACACCUGGACUGCCACACCUGAGCCUCAGGUGUGGGGGCCCUAGAACUGUGAGCCAGGACAGGUGUGGACCCAAAAAAAUGGGUUUUGGACCCCAAAAAGGCUCAGCAGCAACACCUGGACUGCCACACCUGAGCCGCAGGUGUGGGAACUCCAGAACUGCAUGCCAGGACAGGUGUGGACCCCAAAAACUGCAUCAGCAACACCUGAACAGUGACACCUGAGCCCCAGGUGUGGGAACCCUGGAUCUGCACCCCAGGACAGGUGUGGCAACCCUGGACCCGCACACCUGGCCAGGUGAGACCCCACACCUGCAGCCCGGCCAGGUGAGGCCGCACCAGUGCAGCCACUGCCACAAGUUCUUCAAGGACCUGGCGUACCUGGCCGUGCACGAGAAGGGUGCAACAGCAACACCUGGACAGUGACACCUGAGCCUCAGGUGUGGGAAGCCCAGAACUGCAUGCCAGGACAGGUGUGAGCCUGGAACUGCACACCUGGACAGGCGUGAGC